AUGGGCUUGUCGGAGCCGCGCAAGAAGCAGCGCCUGGUCGGCGCGGCCUCGCAGCACAAUACUGCAUGGCUUCAGGACUCGUCGCUGCCGGGGCAGCGCAUGAUGUCCAUGAUGGGCUGGGCGCCGGGCACGGGACUCGGCCAGUCGCGGCAGGGCAUGUCGAGCCAUCUGACCGUGUCGAUGAAGCUGGAUAACAAAGGCAUCGGUGCGCAGCGCCACGAGCGCGAGGCGCGUGAGCAAGGCAAGGAGGAUGCAUGGGUCGGUGCUGGCGGCGAUCUCGGCUCUCUGUUCGAUCGCCUGAACCAGGCGAAUGCGGCGACGCGCGCCGACGAGCCUCCAGCACCCGCGCCCGAGCCGGCGCCGCGCCCAGCCUUUUCUCGACUUGCUGCCCUAGGUAUGAACGAGAUUCUCGGCAUCAAGCAGGGCACGGCCGAGGCGCCUGCGAGUGCCGACGCAUCUGGGCGCCCUAGCCCGACCGACAGGGAGACGGAACAGAAGGAGAAGAAGGAGAAGAAGGAGAAGAGGGAGAAGAAAGAGAAGAGGGAGAAGAGGGAGAAGAAAGAGAAGAAAGAGAAGAGAGAGAAGAAGGAAAAGAAAGCCAAGGCCAAGAAGCACGAGCCUGAGAAAGCAAAAAAGUCCAAGAGUAAAGAUACCAGUGAGGACGACUACAAGACGGACAAGAAGUCCAAGCUCGGCAAGCGGAAGCGCGCUGCAGAGGCCGGUGAGGCCGGGGCGCCUGCAGUGACGAGCAUCGAGGUCGUGGAAGAGACGAAUGUGGUCGCCAACGCGCACGGCCAGUUCGUCUUCCAAUACUUGUCCAACAAACUCAUACGGCGAAAGGCCGAGGUCGCGAAGCAGCGGCGCGAGGCCGGGGCCUGGUGGGGGCCCUCGCCCAUGUAG